GAAGUGCAAGUAGCUCCAGCUAUGACGUUAUGGAAGCUCGGUCAGAGCUCUGAUUGGUGGAGAGAGCUACUGCGGACCCCCCCCACACCCUCGAGAUCAGAGAAUAAGAGACCAGGGCUCUGGGGACAAGACGCCUACACCCGUGUGUGCUCUUCUGGAGUGGACACUUCGCUCUCACUGUUCCAACACUCGGACUACCAGAGACACCAUGGACUUCUGGAAGUUCUUUCCUUUUCUGGCUCUCAGCAGCAUGUGGGUCCUGUGCCUGGCCAGCAGCCUCCAGGCAGCCCCUUUCAGGUCAGCUUUGGAGAGCAGCCUAGACCUGGGCACCCUCAGCGACCAGGAAAAACACCUCUUGCUUGCUGCAUUGAUACAGGACUAUGAACAGAAGGCCAGGAAGCUGGAACAGGAGGAGCAAGAGACUGAGGGCUCCAGGAAAGGCUCCUCCUCCAGUGUCAUUUCCCAGAAGAGAUCCUGCAACACCGCCACCUGUGUGACCCAUCGGCUGGCAGGCUUGCUGAGCAGGUCGGGAGGUGUGGUGAAGGACAACUUUGUGCCCACCAAUGUGGGCUCCAAAGCCUUUGGCCGGCGCCGCAGGGACCUUCGGGUCUGAGGAACUAACGCUCCAGGAAGAAGGUGAUUUUAUACUCUGGAUUGGGAGGGGAAGGAUUUGUGAGGUAAGAUCUACAUUCCGAAGCCCACUGACUGUGGUAGGGCCUUGGGGGGUCCCUGUAUCUUUAAUACAAGUUUUCUUUCUGAGGUAGUGAGUUCUUUCUCAAACUGAGUUUGAAAAUGAAAUCGGAAAGGCAGGAGAGAUCACGCAGAAGAAGUGUCUUGUUGCUGAGAAGAGAAAGAGGAGAAAUGCUGCCUGGAGGUGGACAGGGAAGGGCCUGCAAACCUUACCCAGUGCUGUCCCUGGGCUGGCUUCGGCAGGGCUCUACUCUUGGUUGGAGUUGCCCAUAAGCACGUCACUACCAGGAUCUGUGUUGUCUUUUCUGCUUUUGCGAUAGUCUCAAGUAGCCCAGGCUGGCUUUCUUCUCAGUAUAUAAAGCUGACUUUGAAUUCCUGAUCCUCCUGCCCCAACUUCCAAGUGCUGAGAUUUUGGGGUCUCUAGAACACCCAGCACCACUUCCAGUACUAAUAGGGACAGUGUCAUAGACCUCCUCACACUCUGUAUUCAGAAUUCAUGAGGCAGCUUAGUGGAGGAGCCAUUUACGUAAGUCAGCACUUUUAGGAAUAUUCGUGGCUACUCACAUGUCUAAUCCUUCUUCUUUCCCUUAUUUUCACUCUUUCCCUCUCUUCUUUCCCCUCCUCUUGCCUUUUCUUCCUUUCCCUUUUUUGUUUCUCUUUAUCUCAGGUUACAUAAAGUUGAACUCACCACGCCUAUUAAUUUUUAUUAACAACAACCCUAUGAGAAGGCCCCAUGGACGAUGUGUAUGUUUGCAUCCUGAAAGAUACUGAGGGAAAACACCAUUGUCACUUGAGAGAAAUGAAACCAAGUAUAAAUGAGUUAAUUCUGUGUUCGUUUGCAUCAUUUUUAUACUGAGUCUAUGGCCAGUCAAAUAUGAUGGUGUCUCCUGCUGGCAUCCUUUGCAGCAAACCAAAUAGGUUCUCCAAGAGCCGUCCAGACGAUGGUAGCAGCUCUGGUGAACCUCAGGGAGACGUGAUAUCACUGCCUCUUGUAGCCACUGGGACUUGUAGUAGAGGAGAUGCUGUGCCUUGAUGUCUCAGAACAUAACUGUAAAUUUAUUUAAGGAAAUGUCAAAAUUGUACCAUUUGUGAACUUCAUCAAGAUUAAAAAACAUAUUUUGGAUACA